AUGACCAUUUUGAUGACAAUGGUGAUUUCAGCUCUAGCAUCCUGGAUGGAUCCGAGCCAGUUGAUAUCAGUCAUGCUGGCGAGAGAGAUGAUGGGUGAUUUCUGGAAUGUAACUCACCAGAAACACUUGAAGGUCCUCCUGGGCACGACACCUGGACUACAGGACAAGUCAAUAGAGCUACUGGUGGCCAAGGCUUCUUUUCACACUGCGCUGCUGCUGCCCGUCAAGGAACCAUACCAGAUAUCAAUGCUGGAGCGAUUACAAUCAAGGUCGUGGACAUGUUCUGCGUAUGUAAAGAUGAUGUGCAACUUGCAAGGGGUUCAAUUUUACUUGUACCUCUCACAGCAAUUUUCAAUAGCGCUCGAUGUAUACCUUCAGAUUCUCACCAACGUCGAUACUCUACUCCACAAAGCAAUUGGGCGACAGGACCCCAACUGGUGUUUAAAGCAUUGCUGUCCAGCAUGCAUAUACACUCUUCAAGAUGAAGAUUCAUUAAAAUUCAAAAUUCUUUUCACUAUGGAUGGUAAUGAUUCCCUCAAGCGAGUAUUGAAAAGGUUGUCACACGAUUCAGAUUUGGACAACUUGGAUGGCAUGGAAAGCAGGGUAAUGCAGCGCUCCUCUGAUCUACCCACCAUGCAAUGUGUUCACGGUGACCGUUACUUGUCCAGGGAGUUUGUUGAGUCAUUCAGAUCUAAUGAUUUAUCGAUGGAUAUGCUGGGAGGCAACGAUGAGGACAAUCCUUGUAUUGGACAAUGGAAAAACAUGCGGGACGACAAGACAAAGAGGAUGUGGGGCGUCUUCAACGAGUCCGGUAUUUUUUUGGCUGUCUGUCGUCAUGGCUUUUCCCUCCUCAUAGUAGACAUGAUUUGGAGUGGUGAACAGGUGAAAUAUCCUCUAGCCAUCCUCUCCAAGCUCUUAGAUGUCUUUGGGAGGGACUUGGGCAGCGGCUAUGAUAUUGGAUGCCGGUUCAAAACCACCCUCCAUCACAGCAUCUUAGGACAAUGCCUCAGACUCGAAGACCUCGAGGGUUGUGAGCGAACUUUCUCAAAAUCAAACGCACUCGCUUCCUCUGUGCAAUACGCGAGUGCCUUCCACUGCUGUCAGACGAUCACGCAUUAUUUUCAGCACAAUGACAAAUUCGAAAUAUAUGCAAACCUUACAACCUUUCUCUACAAUAACUACAAGCAGGCUCUUGGCAUCCUCCAUGAUGGUCAGCAGACUUUGCCCAAACUCAUGCAUGAACUUGGCGUGAUGGACGAAAGUGUCUUUGAUGUUUGGUUGGACGAAGAGCGCAAUUAUCUGCUGUCACUGAGUCAUGAGCCCAAACACGAGACCCUCCAAAUGGAAUAUGGCAGAAGUUGGAUGGAGCUCAACGCUGCAAGUGCGGCAUGGAUCGAGACUGCACGACAACACGCAAUCGAAAACUACAAGAAGGACUUGAAGAUGGUCCAGGAACUCGAGGGAAAGCUUGACAUCAGUCGUCGAUGGGUACCCGAAGACCAGGAGUGGAGGGAUACAGGGUGUCUUGUGGCUAAUCACAAGUUUCAGCAUGCACUCGAUCACUUAGAGGGUUUAGUUGUUGCUCAAAUCUUUGAGCUGUCGAAAAUGAAUCGAGCGGGCACAGCGGCCAUCCAUACAGCCCUCGACCACUACAAUGCUGCCACACGAUCACUCUCUCCCCCAUGUCCAUCUCUCACGUGGGAAGAGGUAGUCGAAUACGCCUUUCUCUCCGACUUUGACCUCCUCCGUGAUGCACGUCAGGAUGUAUCACAGCAUCCUUGGGCAACUCCAACAGGCUGCCUCACCAUGGACACCUACUUUAAGAUGUGCUGCUUUAUGGGGAGCAUCAUCCCAGGCAUGAGCAUUGAACAAGGACCUGGCGCCAGCGCCAGCAUCCCCACUGUGUGCAUUCCCUCCAAGCUCAUUCAUGAUGGCCUCUCCAUGCCACAGGAAGGUGAGGAUGACUUGAUGGAGGACCUUGAGGAAGAAGAGGACACUGAGGUUGAUGGCCUGCCCCAAAUCCAUAAUACCGUUGGCGAGAUAGACGAGCUCGCUGUCGUGCACAGCGAGCACAAAGGUACAACAGCCGAGGCGGGAACGGAUAUAGCCGAGACCCCCAUACAUACCUACACCACCUAA